ACCGAGUUGAUGUCUUUAGUUGACUUGGUUGAGUUUCGGGAAUUUGGGGAUGGAAUAGAAUGAAAAUCCUGAACCAGCUUCAUUCAGUUGUCAGCUCAGCGUCUUAUGUACCCACUCACAUAAUAAUUUACUCGAUCCUCUCCUUCCAACUCUUCUUCCUUUCUCUCUCUCUCUUGAUUUCUCUCUCUUUGUGAAACCACGAUAGUCUCACAAAAAUUCAUUAAUCCAUGUGUAACAAGAAUCAACAACAUCAUUUUCAACAGUCCGGGCUGCCAGGGAUGGUUGUGUCCACAGGUUUUCGUAAUUCCUCGUCAUCAUCAUUCCAGAGAAAGUCCUUCACCUUAAAAACUUUGUGACCCAUUCAAUCAUGAGAAAUCCAGAACAAGCGAAUUAUACUUGACCACAAGACAGAAACGGGUGUUGGUGACACCGCACGAAUCGAGAACAAGUAACCUUGCGUCCUUCAAGUCAAUCUUGAGAAUCUCAAAUUGAACUUUGGCAAAGUGUGUAGUAGUGAUUGUAACAUUGUUUUAGAAGAACUUGAGACUUUUGCCAUCCGGAAGUAGCAAGUGACGACGCGUGUAGCUGGUCACGCAGCACUUUAAUCAUUGGCAAGAGUUCUGGACCCAGAUAAAGUUCCAAAUGAGGAUGAGUUCCUUCUAGAGAAUAACAAUAUCAAACCCGGCAAUGGGUUGAGAAUUCUCCUGUCUGUUGCUGUCCGUAAAAUCACGGGUACAAAAAUCCUCAAAAACCAACUACCACACGAAUCGGAAUGGCCAAAAAUUAUUUCUGCCGGAAAAUUAGAAUGAGUCAAUAAAUCCUAAUUAUAUUGAAUUGUCGACUUGGAUUGUCCUUGGACCAUUGGAAUGAACGGGAUCGGCAUAAUUUUAUGGUGGAUCUCGCUUCUCUUCUAUUCACUAUCAUUUGUUGUAUGCACAAGAAGUGACCCCGGCUACAAGAACAAUAAUCACAAAAACGUAUCCGAACUAUUGGACAAUUUACUGAGGGGGUACGACAACAGUAUCCGACCUGAUUUUGGAGGACCACCCACAAUAGUUGAGAUUGACAUUAUGGUUCGAUCGAUGGGGCCAAUAUCGGAAGUAGAUAUGACGUACUCAAUGGACUGCUACUUCCGACAAACAUGGGUCGACAAACGGCUAGAGUACCAUUCUACUAAAGGGGACACUUUGGCCUUGAGCAUUUCCAUGCUGGAGAAAAUUUGGAAGCCCGACACUUACUUUUACAACGGAAAGCAGUCUUACCUCCACACAAUUACGACGCCCAACAAGUUUGUCCGAUUGAAAAUGGAUGGAAGGGUGCUCUAUUCUUCGAGACUCACCGUCAAAGCCAGUUGUCCCAUGAACCUUGAAGACUUUCCCAUGGACACGCAACGCUGUCCCCUGAAACUUGGGAGCUUCGGCUACACAAUUUCGGACGUUUUAUACCGAUGGAAUGCCAAUAGGACGGUGGACAUUGCGUUGGACAUGAAAAUGUCGCAAUUCGAUCUCAUCUCGACUCCAUCAGGGAAUGGAACAGAGAAGAUGAAAUUGGGGGAUCAUAGCAUUUUAGAAGCGACCUUUUACAUGCGGAGACACACUGGUUUUUACCUGAUCCAAAUAUAUUUCCCUUGCAUCCUCCUUGUCUUCGUCUCCUGGGUGGGAUUUUGGAUUAACAGAGAAGCCACGGCAGACAGGGUCACGUUGGGAGAAUACUCCACUCUAGAUAUCAACUUUUACCUUCAGCGUCAUAUGGGAAAUUUUCUGAUUCAAGUUUAUGGACCAUGCACCUUGCUGGUCAUUUUAAGCUGGGUUUCCUUCUGGUUGAACAGAGAAGCGACGGCUGACCGUGUGUCCCUUGGGGUCACAACUGUGCUAACAAUGACGUUUCUCGGCCUGGAAGCCAGAACAGAUUUGCCGAAAGUUUCUUAUCCAACAGCCCUCGAUUUUUUUGUAUUUCUCUCUUUUGCUUUUAUUUUUGCGACUAUAAUUCAGUUCGCAAUUGUCCAUUUUCACACGAAAUAUGGCUCUGGAGAAGUUUAUUUUAAUGAGGAUUCGUCUUCCGAAGAAGAUGAUGACGAUAGUGGUUCAGAGGAUCCGAACCGGAUCCGAAGCGUAGGAAAUCUAGAUAUCCGACGCGACCCCAGUGUAAGAAGCUUGCAAAUGUCCAUCAUAGAAGUGCCCCCACCACCCCGACUGAAUAAUGGUGGAAUGGGGGGAAGUUCCUCCUCGGGAGAAGGGAGGACAUCGUCCUCCAUGCGAAAUCCACCCACUCCACCCCCACCUCCAAACUGGGCCUCCUUCUGUAGGAAGCAGGGACGGAAGCAUUUUCUCGAGAUGGAGAGUGUCAACUCUGUGUCGAAGGUGGAUCAAUUCGCCAGAGUGUUUUUCCCUGUAUCCUUCCUCGCCAUUAAUGUAUUCUACUGGUACUCGUAUCUCUACAAGAAUUCCCCACACUUGUAAAACCUCCUCCAACAACAUGUGAAAAGAGACCAAUAAUCAAUGUAUCAACCAUUCUAAGAAACCAUUCUAGAAAAAAUGAGUUCAGUCCCAAGAAACCAAAGAGCUGUUCAAUAAUGUGUUUUUUAAAGACUUGGAUAAAAAUCAUGUCAUAAUAAUAUCGUAGAAGUAAUAAAAAUGAACGGUGAUGAUCACGACGAGAGUCUGUGGUAAUAGGCGUAAUACAUAUUAAAUAUAGUGGAUGGUUGUUAUAUAUGUAUCUUAAGCUAAGAAUUGUUGUUAUAUGAAUUGCAAGUACAAGUGUAGAGUAUUUACUUAUUAAAUGUAAUCUGCAUACAUAGAUGUAAAAAAAGCUCUGGUUGUGGUGCAAAUUGUGUUGACAUUAUCGGCGUCAUCAAAGUGGAGAACCGUAAGUAAAUAUUAGACAGAAUUGUGUGAGAUACGAUAUUUUUGUUGCGAGUUUAAUACUUUUGUUGCAUCCAAUUUUAACAACAACAAGGAAUUUCAUCCGCUUGCUUGACAAGCCGUGUGUGUGUAUUUCUGAUCUGAAAUCCCUAGAAUUUAGUUACAUUGCAUAGUGAGAGUACAAUGCCGGCGUGAGUUCAAAGAAUUCUCUAUGUAAAAGUACCUAUGCAUGUACAUGUGUAGGUGGGAAUAGUCUGCAGGUUUCGUCUGAUUGUAUUUCGCUGAGUAUUAUAUAAAUUUUUGAGUCAGUAUGCGCAGAGAAAUAAUUGUGAAGAAGAUUAAUGUACAAAUGCAAGUCAUUAAGUAUUAAUUGUAUAAUACGAAUAAAAGUUUUGGUUGUUGAUCGACCAAAAAUACAUAGUUGUUCAUGUGACCUGAAAUUGUGUUAGCCUACCCAAUAUUAGAAACGUUAAAUGUACUACCGAGAGCAGGAUCGAAUGCAAUAUAGAAAUAUAGAGAUGUGUGUGCGUUUAAACUUUCUCAUUAAAUGAGACGUGUCAUCAUCACAAUGCUCAGAAAUUCAUAUUUACAAAUGGAUUUCAUUGAUUUACAAAUAUUUUAUUGAACUCUUAUUUAAUUGACAAUUGUUACAAUGCUUUAAAUUUAGAAUGUUCCCAAUCAUAUUGAAACAACGGCAAAGCAGUUAUAAUUCUUUGUAAAUUAAUUGUCCACAAAAUAAAUCAUGGUUUACAGAGCAAA